ACAAAAAUAAAUGUAGUUUUUUAUUUCUUCACCUAAUAAAAAUAUUUCCGAUGUCAUUAAGUCAUUACACCAGUAUUGGUCAGAUUCAUAUCUUGUAAUAAUACUGAAAAUUAAAUACUCUUUGGACCUAAGUAUGUACUAAAAGCUAAUUCUCUUUACUAAAAGCAUUAUUUAAAAUAUUUUAAGACUAAAAAGUGAUUUUAAUUUUGAAAUGUCAUAGUUGAAAUAUCAACAAUUUCAUUUAAAAUCUUAAAAAUGAAAAUGGAAGGAGAAACGACCCAAUUAAAAAGUAAUUUUACUGAAUGGCGUUUUAGUCAAUAUCCGAAGUAUAUUUUACUUCCUAUUGAUGAAAAUCAUGACCAAAUCCGUUCGAAUGUAAAAAAUGCUGUAUUUUCAGAGGUGACUCCCCGUCCUUUAGAGCGCAACCUUCGCUUGGUGUGCUCCUCAGACGAUGCCCUAUCAACAAUAUUGGACAUGGAUCCAGAGAUAGCCAACAGGGAAGAGUUUAUAGAUUUUAUAGCCGGAAAGAAGCUACCAUACGGAGCAUUGCCCGUUGCACAUCGGUAUGGUGGUCAUCAAUAUGGACUGUGGGUAGGACAAUUAGGAGAUGGAAGAGCUCAUAUCCUUGGCGAAUAUGUGAAUAGGCGUGGAGAGAGAUGGCAGAUCCAGCUGAAGGGUUCCGGGCAAACGCCGUACUCGCGCGUGCACGAUGGUCGAGCAGUCCUUAGGUCGGUUAUCCGGGAGAUGAUCGCCAGUGAGGCGUGUCACUUUCUUGGUAUACCGACUACUAGAGCCGCUGGGGUUGUUGUAAGCGACGAGGCAGUAAUACGUGACAUCUACUACACCGGCUGUCCUCGGCGGGAACACGCCGCUGUCAUUUUACGUGUGUCCCCGAGCUGGUUCCGAUUCGGAUCUUUGGAGAUCUUGUCGAGGUCUAGCGAAGUGCCUGUGCUGAGGCAACUCGCGGAUUUUAUAAUUAAGGAACAUUUUCCAGAUAUACAUUUAUCUGACGAAAAUCGUUUCAUCAGGUUAUUCUCUGAAGUCGCUCACAGAACCUUGGAUCUGGUAGCUAAAUGGCAAGGUCUAGGCUUUGCCCAUGGUCUAUUAAACACGGAUAACAUGAGCAUGCUUGGCUUCACGCUGGAUUACGGCCCGUUCGGCUUUGUGGACUCAUAUGAUGGGGGCUAUGUGGCCAACUGCUCUGAUGGAGAAGGAAGAUACGCUUUAGCAAAGCAACCUGAUGUGGUCGUAUGGAAUAUAGGCCAGCUGGCGAAUGCCAUCAAACCGCUCCUAACAUCGUCGCAGCAAGUCCACAUGUCGCAUAUCCAGAAGACCCUUGACACAUACUGCAAGAACAAGAUAUUGGAGACGUUUCUAAUGAAGAUAGGUUUGAAAGAAGAACGGUGGGGCGACGAGCAGUUGAUCGAAAAGUUAUUGGAUAUGAUGCAGCAAACUGGUGCAGAUUUCACAGCUACGUUCAGACAACUUGCUGAGUUGGAACCUUGCGAAAUGGUAAGUGAGGUGAAGUUGUCCGAAAAAUGGUCCCUGAAGCGACUAUCGUCCCAUUCUUCGUGGGGUUGUUGGCUUGAUCAGUACCGCGAGAGAUUGGACAAAGAGGCUGUGGACGCAAGUUCACUAGGAGUAUUCGAAGACGAGCGCCGCAGACGCAUGCUUAGCGUGAAUCCGGUGUAUGUGCCGCGGAACUGGCUUCUGCACGAGGCCAUCGCUGAUGCUGAGAAGGAUGAUUUUCAGAAAGUGCGGUUCCUUUUGGAAGUACUCCGUCAUCCUUACGACGUGCAACCGGAAGCAGAGCUACAAGGGUUUUCCGCACAACCACCUCAGUGGGCUUAUGCUCUCAAAAUCAGUUGCUCGAGCUAAAUAAUUUCUUGUUAUUUGCCAAUAUUUAUUAAAUUAAAGGUUCGUGUUUA